AUGAAGCAUUCCUCCUACCUAUCUCACAAACUCCUCUUUUACAUCUCCAAUCACUUCCUCAUUUUCUUCUAUGGAUCAUCAUUACCAAGCAGAGGAUCCAAACCAGACAACAACGUUUCACGACGUGUUGGUGUUGUUGGUAUAUUUCUAGGAAAUGUCGCAUUCUCUUUCGGCGACUUCCCAACCGACAUCCCCCACUUCUUCGAAGCCAUCGAUCUCGCCCCCGACAACCAUGUUCUUUACUCCAAUCGAUCUAUGCGUGAAGAUGGAAUCUGUGCUUUCAACCAACAUUCUUCUUCACUUGUUAUUGGGGAUCUGAAUCUUCCUCAGAUGAUGAAUCACGGUGGAUACAACACGGUUUGGUCUCAACAUCUGCCUUUGGAUCCUAACAUGAAGUUUUAG